GCAAAAGUUGUCAUGUUACUUUGCCAGAUUUCAGGCUUUCCUAGGGUACAAAAUACAUGUAGCUCAUUGAUGAUGAUUUUUAAGCCCUCUCAUGAAUUCUAUCCCUCUCAUGAAUUCUAUCAGGCAUCCAUGUUUUAUGUUUUAUGUAUGCAACUUAGUGUGAUCAGAACUUACUUUGGACAGCCAAAAAUGCAUUUUAGGUGAACUUGUCAUUUCCUGUCGUAACACAAAGACUAAAGAGGUCUGAAAUGCGAGACUGUAAGAGAUGAUCCCAGGCUCAGAGUUGAUAACCAGAUUGAAAACACAGUCACACUCUCUACAUCAGCAUCAUCUCUCUCCCUCCUUCUCACUGUGAGCUGCACUUAUGACUUGACUUUACAAGUAACUGCCAUACCAAGAGGGCUAUAGACUGGGAGAUACCACCAGUGAGGAACCGUCUGCAUUGCUGUAUGGUUCUCAAUGUGGCUUUGAUGUCUUGUGAUUAUAGGUUGAGGAAAUUUAAGGAUAAUUCACAAUUUGUUCUUGUUGUUGGAGCAGGAGUUGUUACUCCUCCACCUAAGACUGCCCCCAAGCCUCGUGCCAAGCCAACCCUGCCAAGACGAGCCACAAGUGAUGCUCUCCCUGUCCCAGCAGCCAAACCAACCAAAAGUUCCAAACCACCACCAGUGGUUGCUCAAAAGCCCAAGCCUGGCCAAGCUCCGGUCGUUUCCCCUAAGCCACCACCUCUGGAAUCAUCAAGACCUCGAUCAGUGAGUGCUGGUGCAACGCCCUCUUCGGGGACAGCCCCUGCGGUGACCAAUGGUGGUACUCCACCUCCUGUAGCCUUUAAGCCCAAGCCCAAGCCUCCACUCAAGAGGAAAUCCUGGAUUGCUUCUCCACAGCAAUGCCUGGACCUCAAGGAAAAUACAGGAACAACUGAAGCGAUAUCAGAGGAAAAGAGUACACCUGCUUCUGAGGAGUCUGUCUGUGACCAAACAGAGAUUUCCCCACAAGAUAAGACUGAGAAAGAGGAACAAAAGUGUGUAAUAAGUGAAAGUAUAGACCAUAAUUCAUUAUCACCUGAAGAAAGCAGAGAAAGCUCGGGUGAUGCUGACAGUAAUCAAAUUAGUCAAUCCACUGAUGAUGUAUUAAGAAACUCAGAUCCUGCGAAUUUAGAAAGUCAUGCACCGAAUGAUGAACUAGGACAUCGUGAAACUUUGAAGAGUAACUCUAUAGACAAUACUGCUGCAACCCCUUCUGAUUUGCCCGUUGAUACUUCUGUGAGGGGUGAAGACUCUUCAGAAGUUCCAGUGCCACAUGACAAUGAAAGUAUUAAUAACGACUGUUCUCCUAAAGAAGAUGCUUUAGAGACUGCUGAUACUAAUUCUAUCACCCAAUCCUGUGAAACAUCAGCAAGUAGGAGCUCUGAUGUUUCACCUGUACCUGACACAGAUAUUGUUCCUGAUAGCGAUUCACCCGCAGCUGUACAGGACAGUCUUCAUAAUUUGAGUGCUUCUUCAGACGUCACUGCCAACUCCAUACCUACAUACCAGCCAGAAAACCAAAGUGUCACAACAGAUCCUACAUCAUGUGAUGAUGAUGAUGAUGAUGCCUUUGAGAAAACUGAAGAUUCAACAAGGAAGGAGGAAUCUGUAGUAUCUCCAAAGCCCCCAUUCCUGCCCCGCGUCGAUCUCUGUCAAGUGUUUCUUCAGAUGUGUCCUCUCAGUCUCUAGACUCUUAUGACUUUCUAAAUAGAAGCAGAGGUGGCAGUUCUUUCAAAAGUCAAAAGUCCCAAUCUGUCCGCAGCCAGGGAAGCAGCCGUCUUGGUUCAGACAGUGAGGAUGAAUGUGGAGUCUUUGAGGUCCAGCCGGAGAUUGCAGAAGAAGACGAAGAAGAAGCGGAGGAAACAAGGGUUCAUGCAGAGACCUCUGAUCCUGAUGAAAAGGACAGUUUGAAAGGACAGAACUCCAGCAUCAGUGUUUUUGGAGAUCUUCAAGAAAAGGAAGGACACAUUGCUGAAAAUGAUGAAGACAUUGUCCUUGUUUCACUGACAGCAGCGGCUCAAGGCAACACUGAGGUUGAGGAAGAUACCAAAGCAAAAGAGAAUGACCAGGUUGUUCCUGUACAAGAGCAUAGCAGUAUUCAAGAACCCACUGUUGAACAGUCUAAAUCAAGCUCUGCUGUCGUAGAAGGUCAGGGUGAUAACCAUAUAGCCCUUCAAAAAGACACUAGAACUCCAGAAAAUACUGAGGAUCCAUCGAAAGCUGAGAUUGAAGUUGGUGAAACUACUAUAGGUGAAUGUGUUGAGUUAGCUGCUGAGGAUAUACCUGUGUCCAGUUCAGAAAUUAAGCAACCAGGAGUCAGUCGGGAUAUUGAGGAGAGCAAAGAAACUAAAGGGCAAGAACAACAAGAACUUCAAGAAAGAGAGGAUGCCAAAGGGGAACUUGCGCAAGAAUUAACUGAGGAAGGCAAAGUAGCAAGUGAGGAAGAAGAAGAGAGUGAAGAAGAAUUUGAUGAGAUGGGGAAGCGGGUAUUUUCGUUGUCAAGGAAGAAGAAGCCUGGAGUGCUGAAGUAUUCCUCAGGAGAGUUCCAUGAGCAGUAUGAAGCUUCUGGAAAGGAAAAA